AUAACACUGAAAACGUAAAUGUCAAUUCGUCAAAAUACGAUGAAAAAUAAUCUGGCUUUAUUCCAAAACUCAGAGGAAUGACGUGUUUUUAAGGUUUUGUAAGACUGCAAAAUACUUGUAAAAUGUUUAAAAUAUAGGCCGCAUAUAACAUACAACGAUGGAUUUGCCAUAUAAGAAGAUUUUUAUAUAUAUUUUAACUUUUGCCGCCUAUGCGUACACUGGUAUCGGUUCAAGUAUGUUAAGAAAUUUAAAAGAUGCAGUGUUAUCGGCGGAAUCUGUGUUUGGGGAUAUGCUGAGGAAUGCGAUCACUGUAGCAGAGAAGUUUAGAUCUUUGCACGAAAUCUUUGACGCGGCUGUUGAGGAAGAAUGUAUUUUUAGUUGCCCUGAAGGACACAGACCAGUUCGUAACCGCAAUCACAUACCAAAGUCAGAUGGAUGCGGUUCACUUGGUUUUGAAAUAGCAUCGGAGUAUUUACCACUGGAGCAGAUGACGAAAUGCUGUGACACACAUGACAUUUGUUAUGACACAUGCAACAGUGGCAAGGAAACUUGCGAUUUAGACUUUAAAAGAUGUUUAUACAAUUACUGUGACUCAUACAAAUCUUUGAAUGUAGGAGGAGAAACCGUAACAAAAGGUUGUAAAGCAGCUGCAAAGUUAUUAUUUACAGGCACAUUAACACUUGGAUGCAAGUCUUAUUUGGAUGCACAGAAAAAUGCCUGUUAUUGUCCACCUAAGAAUAACAAAUAUAAAAAAUAUUCAGGGAACAGUGAUUUGUAGCAGUAAUUAAAUAAUAAGUACAUUAAUGUGUUAACAUGUCUUCUAUAAGACAUAAGUCAUAUAAUGUGUAUUUAUUUAUUGACAGUUCAGAUUUUAAUUCAGAAACUGUAUGUGUAUCAAUUUAUAAUGCAUGUGAAUCAUAUGAUACAAGAAAGAUUGCAAUAUGAAGCAAUCAUAAAUUGUCUUUCUAUGAAAUAAAUUGCUGUGUUUAAUGUUAAUUUUAUUUCUUGUUUUGUUAAAUUAUUUAUUUUGUUUUAUUUAAAAAAAUGGUGUAAAAUGUUAUCAAUUAUAUGUUUCAACAAAUUGACUAUCUAUAUGGUGUGUAUUUGUAAAAUAAAUGUAAAUUUACAAUUU